UUUUUAUUCGACUUCAUUGAUUAAAGGGGAAACGUCAUAUUUCACAUGUUCAUCUUCAAGCCUUGUUACACAUUAACAGAUUUAUUCCUUAUGCUGCUUUAAGUUUUCCGAUUAUUUAACACUUUUUUCUUUGGACAAGAGUUCAUUGCGACUUUUAAAUUUCGUGAGUAUUGAUUAUUCCAUCGUAAAAAUCACAUGGCACUUGGAUUUAAUCGCUUGUCGCUAGUACGUACGUAUUUCUUUUUGUUUCCGGUGAAAUGAGCCAUUGACAGAAGGUGUCUCCCUCUAGAACAUUAUUGACUUUUGAAUGAUUGAAUUUCAAAACUAUUCCGACACUGAAAUGAAACACGGAAAGUCAAUCACAGCAGUAUUCAAAUAAAUUUCUUCCAUAAUGUUGGACUGGUUAGUGAUCAAAAAAUGAUUAUCAAAUAAGACACUAGUCAAAAUGCUUCUAUGCUAUGGCAACGACAAACUGUAGCUAUACUGAUAGCAGUAAUACCUACCAAGAGCUGACAUGUACGUCAAAUGAAUUUUGCUGUACUGGUUCCCUGUUAAAUACUUGUUCUUCUACGAUAUGUUCAACCUCGGUCACGAGCAGCAGUGGUUCUAGCAUUUCACCGACUUUAUUUUGGAGUAUUCUAGGUGGAUUAUUUGGAGCAGGAAUAUUACUCAUUUUCUUAAUGUACAUCAUUUGCAAGUUCAAGGCACCAAAUAGUUGCUUAUCAGAUGAACACGUACACGAUGCUGAAAUGUUCGAGGAAGAACGUCAUGAAAUUAACACUGUCACCCAUCAACAAUCUCAUCAUCAACCAAGAUUUUAUAUAAGACGUGAAAGUUUUUGGAAAAUAACAAGACGCAAAUCUACGAACUCGAAUACAGUUUGUAGACAGUGUGAACAAACCCGUGAAAGAAAUCAGGAGAAAAACAACAAAUCGCAGAAGGAUGAUAUAGAAAUGAAAAAUAACAUUAUUAUUAUUAAAAACGUUGCCAACCAGAAAUGUUCAAAAACGAAAACUGUAUUGGCUCUUCCAGAUGUUGGAUAACUAAGACUAAUUAUCAAAGGUUAACAUAAGUGCACUCGUUUACACCUUAUGUAAAGAUAAAAAAACAGCAAAACAAGUGGUUUUUUGGUAACUUGAAAAAGUUAGGCUCAAAUGUGUAGUUCAAUUUUUUUCUUAUAACUUGUUAUGAAUUUGUUAUUAAUAUAUAAAUAAACUAAGACAUGUUUUUUUAAUGUGCAA